AGGAGCUAUCCCGGCGGGCCGCGCGUGCGGCCGCGUUUGAAUGGCUCAGAGUGGGCUCGGCCGGGGACCUGAGGGAUAGUCUAGGCUGCCGGGGCGCAGUCGGUCAGCGCCUGGGCUAGGCGGAGGCGCCGCGGUACCAUGAGGCGCCGGUAUUUAAGAGAUUAUGGCAUCUGAAACCCACAAUGUUAAAAAACGCAACUUUUGUAAUAAUAUUGAAGAUCAUUUCAUUGAUGUUCCUAGAAAAAGGGUCUCUAAUUUCACUAAUAAGAACAUGAAGGAGGUUAAGAAAUCUCCAAAACAGUUGGCUGCUUACAUAACUAGAACAGUUGGACAAGCUGUGAAAAGCCCAGAUAAACUACGUAAGGUGAUCUAUCACAGAAAGAAAGUUCAUCAUCCUUUUCAAAAUCCUUGCUACAGAAAAAAGCAGUCCCCCAACAGCGGGGGCUGUGACAUGGCAAAUAAAGAGAAUGAGCUGGCUUGUGCAGGCCGCCUCCCUGAGCAAGUGCGGCAGGGUAGUCGACCAUAUCUGGUUAGCCCCAGUGAUUCUGGUUCUUCACAGACAGAAAGCCCAUCAUCAAAAUAUAGUGGGUUUUUUUCUGAGCCAAGCCACGUCCUGCCUCUGGUAACCACAAAUCUGAUCUCUUUUUUUGUUUCUCAGGACCAUGAAACAAUGACACAGGUUUUGUUCAGCAGGAAUUUGAGAUUGAAUGUAGCUUUAACUUUCUGGAGAAAGCGAAGUAUAAGUGAACUUGUAGCUUAUUUGGUGAGGAUAGAAGACCUUGGAGUUGUGGUGGAUUGCCUUCCUGUGCUCACCAAUAGUUUACAGGAGGAAAAACAAUACAUCUCACUUGGCUGCUGUGUAGACUUGUUGCCUCUAGUAAAGUCACUACUUAAAAGCAAAUUUGAAGAAUAUAUAAUAGUUGGUUUAAACUGGCUUCAAGCAGUCAUAAAAAGGUGGUGGUCAGAACUAUCAUCCAAAACGGAAAUUAUAAAUGAUGGAAACAUUCAGAUUUUAAAACAACAAUUAAGUGGAUUGUGGGAACAGGAAAACCAUCUUACUUUGGUUCCAGGAUAUACUGGUAAUAUAGCCAAGGAUGUAGAUGCUUAUUUAUUACAGUUGCAUUGAGAGACUUCAUCUACUAAAUAGCAUUUGGUUAUUCAAAACACCCCUGGACUAUAUGAUUUCCCCAAAAAUGUCUCAACUGAGAACUGUGAACUGUGGAAGAAAUCAAAACCAUUUUUUCCUUUAAAAAGCCACAUAAUGAAACCACUAAUGAAACGCUAAGGAUCUACUUCACAUUGAAGUGGAAAAAUAUCCAAAAGGAGCAGCUUCAACUUCAGUGAGGUGAAAGUGCACUAUGAAGAUUGUUCACCUUUGCUGCAAUUUGGGAUUUAUAUGGUUAUUUGGUAACAUUGUUUAAGAACUACUGGGUCUUAAUGCAAUCCUGCAUAAGAAUAUAAUUUAUACUAUGUGAAAAAUAAGACAGGACUUAUUACUAGGAAUUAUAAAGACCAAUCAUCAUUACUUUUUUUAAGAUUGUGUUUUAUAAAAAAACACUUAAAUGUGUGCAGCUACUAUUUUCUUAUGUUGAAAAGACUUUGAAAGUUUAAACCAUAGCAGAUAAUCAAUACUAAAAGUUUUUUGUUCACACUGAGAUACUGUGUAUGCAGAAUGCCUUAAUUAUUAAUAAGCCAAUGUGUAUGAUACCAAUAUCUGUUUAAGAAAAUUAAAACCAACCAUGAUUCUGGCAUGAUAAAAUCAUGGAAUUAAAUCAGGGGUUUCCAUUCAUGUAGAAUGUUGUUGUUUAAACUUAUUCCACACCAUUCUUAAAACUUGAGAAUAUUUUUAGUAUCUCUGAUUUAUUUUUUUUUGCCAGAAUCAUCAUGUCAUAUGUGUAUGUGUUAUCCCCAUACAUAAGAAAAAGGUGACUGUGUAUUUGUAUGAAUGCUUAACUGGAAAUGUCCAUGGAGUUGGCUAAUUUAUAUUCACUUUUUAUUGUAUAUAGAUUUCUAAUAUUUUCAGUUCUGUAUCAUUUAAGUUUUCUUCAUUUGAGUAAAUUCACUAAAUAUUUCUA